AAUAGAAGUAGAAUAGCUGGACCAGUUUCACGUGACCGCAGUCGUGUAUGUAAACAUAACGUCGAAACGAUGUUGACAAACUGAAAACUGAAUAUGUAAAACAUAAUAUGAGGGACAAACUUCGCGGAAACUCGGACUGGAUGUCACGUUUACCUGAUGAGCUGCUUGACGUGUCGCUGUGGAAUUUGGCCAUCCCCGGGAGUCAUGACAGCAUGUCAUUCUGUCUGGACUUGUCCUCUCCUGUCGUGGAGUCAGAGUCGUGGUUUCUCAAAGUGACGGACACAUUCGCUCCUUGUUUGAUACGGCCCUGCGUGUUCCGCUGGGCCACCACGCAGCAAGCUGUCCUCAGUCAGCAGUGUGACCUUGGUAUUCGCUUCUUGGACCUGCGGAUUGCCAGGAAGCCAAAAGAUGGCAGCAAAUUAUUCUUUGCCCAUGGUAUCUACACUUGGAUUACUGUUAAGCAGGAGGCACUGGAUGAACUGGCCACCUGGCUGGAUGCACAUCCCAAAGAGGUUGUUAUUGUUUGCUGCUCACAUUUCAGUUGUCUGACCCCGAGGGACCACACACAGCUUGUGGAGUACAUCAUCUCAGUCUUUGGACCUAAGCUUUGCCACUCACAGGAUUGUCCCACCUUGCGAUCCUGUUGGUCCAAACAUCAACAGGUCAUUGUUUCCUACGACAACCAGGAAAUUGUCCAGCAUCAUCCUGAACUGUGGACUGAAAUACCUUACUGGUAUGCUGACAGCACUGAUCCAAAGAAGGUGAUUUCCUACUUGGAAGCUCAGAAGCAAAAAGGAAGACCAUCUGGUUUUUACGUUAGUGGCCUGAACCUGACUGAAAACAUCACAUUUGUCCUCCUCCAUCCCUUCCAAAACAUGAGGACCAUCACCAUCAAAGCCCUUGCUUCGCUCCUUGGCUGGGUGGAGGAACAACAGCCGGGACCUGAGGUGGGCAGCGUCAACAUCAUCUGCUGUGACUUUGUUGAUGUCACUCACUUUUGCGAGUGUGUCAUUGGCCUCAACUAUAAAAAGGCGGUGCUGACAGAGACCCAAAAAAGACACUCAUUUUGAAUGUGCAGGAGAGACAAAGGGGGAGUGGCUUGUCGUGGCUGCAAGUGACUAUGAUUAGGAUGUAUUUUGAUGCCAGAAACCCCUGAGACACCGGCACUCCUACACCUGUUGUAUUUUUAGUACGAUUGUGAAUUUUACGGGUACGAGUUGCUGGAUGUGAGUCACAGUGCUGUGUACAAAAUGUCAAAAUUAUGUAUCAAUAUGUUGCCACUUUGGAAGCCAGAACUCCCCAGGACAUACACUUGGAUACUUUUUACAUUUUUACUGCGAAUAGAGUUUUGAAUUGUGUUAACAUGUGGGGACAAAUACCCCAACACUGGAGUGGACAAUGAAUAAUGGCUACCCAAUGCCAAAUGAACUUGCAUUUUCUUGUCAAGACCAUGACUGAUUUGUCGUUGAUUGUACUUUAAAAUAAUGUGAUAUAAAGGACAAGAAAAAUUA